AUGGAGUCCAUUCUACCUUCCUCAUCUUCAACCAAGGAAGGAAAGACUCCUUGUUUCUAUCCUCAGCCUUUUGAUACCCAGAUUUGCCGUCAUGAUGCCCUUGACACCCUUGCUCGGCCUGAUACUCGUCUAUUAUCGUGGAUCCCUAUUCUCGAGGGCUUUCUGUCGACAUCCCUCCCUCGACCAACUUCCUCCUCUCUUCGCAGCUAUCCGGCCAUGCCAUCAAAUAUGGAGAUUCUUUUACUAUGCAUGCCAUGGAAAACCAUAGCUCUACUCUAUUUACUUCUCUCAUGCUCCCAGGCUGCUUCGCAGGUAGUUGACAACGAUGGGCAGCAGCAAAACCAAUGGUCACGGCUGAGAACCGCGCGUAUCGCCGGCAAAAGGGUGCCACCACUCUACACGGGAGAUUUUGGAGAUUGUAUGGCCAAUUCAAUGGUGAAAUUAACUCAAUUUCAUGCUGCUUACUACCAUGAUGAUCUGAUGGUGGGUUUUCACUUGGACGGCCAUACGUCUCUUAGAAAUGAAUCCAUUAUGGGUAUGACUUGUUCCUAUAAUUAUAUUAACCUACAAAUAUUUGGAGCAUGGCUUCUAAUUUGUCCUCCAGUAUACAUUGGGUUUUUUGCAUAUGGGAAAAGAAGAUUCGAUCUGAUAUUUGAUCCCUGUGAAGCAAAUAUUCGGAAUCUCUGUCCCAUGGAUGCUUCGCGUCAUAUAGGAGAUGGUGGCCUGUUGCAAGUUGCUCCUACCGACAUUUCAGAAAUCUCACAGACGACCUUACGAUUACCUGACUUGGAGGGCCGAGCAGUAAUACGGAUUUUAUCCAACUCCACACGAUCUCAAAUAGCCUGCUACGCUUCAACAGUGACAAACGGCGUUACAAUGUCACAUCCACAAGCCGUGGGAUCUCUCCUGGCUCUGGUAAUAUUUAUCACAUUCAUCCUCAGCCUUGCAACCAUUAUCUAUGGCGAAGACAUCAUGACUAUGCAACUCCAUUAUUCCCAUUCUUCGUCUUUACUCUUGGCUUUUACUGUUCUGCACCACAUUUAUUUCACUGGUGCUAUUUCUGCAAAUUGGCCUCGAGUGUUGGUCGAAUUUUGGUCGAAUUUUGCACCGUUUGCCGGGAUGAUUUACUCCAAGUCGAUGCAGAGCUCAAUAGAUAAAUUGGUUGGUGCAGAUAAAGGAGAUAUUCGUAUUCUUGGAGCAAAUCCUGUUGGAAACGUUUCCCCUCGCCUCGGCGGUUACAAUGUUACAAACAUAUACAACACAUCACCAUCCAAUAGGACCUUUGGACCCUUCAGAACUGGCUUAGGGGCCCCCAUGGAUGAACAGGGUUAUCAUGCUUCUGCCUCCUCAGUUUCCUUGCCAUCGUCGUUCCAAUGGCAAGGCCAGCUUGUCAACGAUGGGUUUCCAAUGCCAGGAAACUAUUCUGGCUUCGCUGGGACCCUCUCCAUGCAGAAAAUUUCAGCUGUGAAUGCUUUCACUACUGGACUACUCUGGGUCCUAUUGCUAAUCGCUGCUCUGACCGCAGUGAUACCCGUGGUCAAAGUGGUAAUAGAGUCACUUAUCCAUUGGAAGCUCAUUAAAGGAAGACAGGCGCAAAACUUAGCAUAUUUUCGAAUACAUUGGCCAGAGUUUGUCCUGGCUAUGCUACUCCGUUCCUUGUUUAUCGGAUUUGGGAUGCUGAGUUUCCUUGCACUCUUCCAAUUCGGCUUUGGGGGCGCAGCCUCAGUUAAAGCAUUGGCAGCGAUUACAUUCCUUGUACUCAUUCUUGGAUCAAUCUCAAUUACGGCGUAUGCUAUAUCUUAUCGCAACGCUCAUUUCACGUCCGUACCAGAGAUAAUGCCACUCAUUUUCGAAAGGAGGAGCUUGUUAAACAUCAUCCCCUGGUUUGCACUUAAAACAAAGGGCAGUACGGUAUCAAAAGAGUCCUCUACAGCAGUUCCACAAAACUAUCCGUGGUGGAAGUCCUGUGUCCAUGAUACUGGUUCAAGUGAAUCUAAAUUUCUAUUGCGAUUUGGCUGGUUACUGGCUCGCUUCAAGGACGAUAGAUGGCACUUUUGUGUGAUAUGGUUGAUGCAUGAGUUCCUUCGUGCAUGCUUCCUCGGAGGAGCAGUCGCAAAUCCGAUAUCUCAGACCGUUGGGUUGUUAAUUCUCGAGAUUACCUUUAUGAUUUGCGUUAUCACCAUGAGUCCCUUCGAGGCUAAACGACUGAGCAUUGUUCUAUACACGCUAUCGUUUAGCAACAUCUCAUCGGCCCUGCUGUCCAUCCCAUUAUUGGCUCAACAUAACCUGAACAGAAUGGCUGCUUUUGCUAUUGGGAUGGCGAUAGCCAUCAUUCAUAGCAUUCUUGUUCUCUUCCUAGUGAUUUCAAUGCUAAGCGGCAUCAUAACUAGUUAUAUUUCUCUCACCAGAAAUCGAAGAAUCCCAGCCGAUCAACUUGGCUCCCACCCAAUACGAAUGAGAUACUUGGGGCAUGUGAACAGAGGAGUCGGUUACCAUCCAGGAGCACUCUAUUCCACUCCUGGAUCAAUGUCACCAACUCCAAGACAAGCAAGUUUCAAAGUUCACUCUGUCCGGAGAUGCCCAAAAAUUAUAGAUGAGAGCCCAACACCCUAUCAUCGAAACCCAUCCACACCCACCUCUUCGCUACGGGUGUCUCGUCGCACAUAUACACCUCCGUUUCCUCUGGAUCCGUUUACGCCUCCUACUACUGCGGAUUCUGCUGUCUUGGGCUUUAGAGACACCGACUCCACUGAUCCAUUCACCACCCCCUCGACUAUGGAUUUGGGCGCUUCAGGCCUUCAAAGAGCAAACUCCUUUGGACAAAAUAGUAUAGUUUCUGAGCCCGGCCAAGGUAGACUCUGCAGAAUUACAUCCUUGGAAACAGUUCUUUCUCGAUCAACAAGCAGGCCGGAACACAGCCAAGGUGACAGCUUGUGCCUCACUGAUACCUUUGAGACUGCGAGGUCUGAUCUGGAACCUCUUACGGAGUUCAUAACUCCUCUAGAGGACAGAGAAGCGGAGGGCGCAUCUUAUUCUAAGCUUUAG